AUGAAAAUCUUCAUACCAUUAAUCACCUCCAUCCUCCUAACCCCCACAACCGCUACCACUGCACAAUUCCAAUGCCCCGACACCUCCAACUCAUCUCCAAUAAACGUCGACAUCGCCAUCCUCGGCGGCGGCGCCUCGGGAACCUACUCCGCCCUACACCUCCACAAAAACUACGCAAACCACACCCUCGCCCUCAUCGAAGCCCGCUCAAAGCUAGGUGGCCAAGUGAACACCUACCACGACCCAUAUACAGGCUUAACAGUCGAAUACGGCGUAAAUCAAUACACAGACGUCCCCGGUGCAGCGGAGUUUCUCGAGUACUUGGAGAUCCCGUAUACACGGUCUGGAACGGGGGGUGAGGGAUCAGGGUAUAUUGAUAUCCAGAACGGGAGGAUAUUGGAUGGGCCGAGUGAAGAGGAGGGCAAUGAGACUGUGAGGGCGAUACAGGUGUAUAGGGAGCUUCUGGGGAGGUAUCCAGAGCUUGAGGAGGGGUUUUUGCUCCCCGAGCCAGUUCCAGACGACUUAGUACUCCCGUUUACAGACUUCGCCAGCAAAUAUGGGAUAGAACGCGCUGUGUUACCGCUUUCAACUGGGAUGGGGGAUUUGUCGACUGUGCCGACGCUCUAUGUGAUGAAGCACUAUGGCGCGCAUGUUUACAGGAAUCAAUUCCUAUACACAGCCCGUAAGAAUAACCAGGAGAUAUACGACAAGGCACAGACACUCCUAGCAGACAGUGUGUUCCUCUCAAGCAGACCCCUCGCCAUCCGAAGAAACGAGAACAACGUGCAGCUAUGUCUACAAACACCAACAGGCACCCAACUCCUCCAGGCAAAACGCCUCCUCAUCACUAUCCCGCCGACCAUGGUCUCCUUAAAAGGCACAGGCCUAGACCUCACCCCCGAGGAAACAGCCCUCUUCACCAAUCUCUCGCAGAUAGGGUACUACUCCACCCUAAUCCGCAUCCCGGGCUUUCUGCCCUUCCUGCCCUUUCGGCAAAAUACCACAGACAUUACAAAUAAUAUAACCCUCCUCGAAAAUAAAUCCCCAACAAACAAUCCCUUGAAUCUCCCGAAAUUGCCUGCAAUCUGGAACAUCCACAAAACACACAUCCCAGACCUGUACCAAGUUGAAUACGGCGCUGCCACACCACUAUCCGAGGAUAUCGUCAGACGGAAUAUCUUUGCUGAUCUAGCUCGUUUGCGGGACGCGGGUUUGAUCAUCGCCACUGCCGCUGAUACUGAUACCAGUACUGGUAGUUAUAGUGGUGUAGAAGAGGAGCCAAUGGUUGUGAGGUUUGCUGAUCAUUCGCCGUUUUAUCCGUACGCGUCACCUGAGGCUAUAAAGGAUGGGUUUUAUAAAAGGCUUGCGAAGUUGCAGGGGGAGAUGAAUACGUGGUGGACUGGGGGGGCUUUUCAUGUGCCGGAUUCGAGCCUGUUAUGGAGGUUUUCGGAGGGGGUUAUUGCGGGUUUGGUUGGGGGUUGA